CUAGGAAGAAGUAUCUAUUGCUCUGAUAACCGAGCUGUGCAGAGAGAUACUAUUGGCUGUGGCGGUCCUCGCGCCUGCGCAUUUGUGCUUUGUGACUGUUUUGGUGUCAGAGAAAGAAGCGAGAACGUGAAGAUGUCCGGAUACAGGGGCCAGAUGGGCAAAAGCAAAGACCCCUCAGGGUUACUUAUCUCUGUCAUUAGGACCCUUUCAACCAGUGAUGAUGUGGAGGACAGAGAGACCGAGAGAGGACGUUUGGAAGCGGCUUAUGAGAGCUGUGAUAAAGACCUGGAUAAGAAGAUUGAGCAGCACUUUACGGAGCUUACUACUGCCAUACGCACUUACCAGAACAUAACUGAACGCAUUACCAACUCCCGCAAUAAAAUCAAGCAGGUUAAAGAAAACCUUUUGUCCUGUAAGAUGCUUCUUCAUUGCAAGCGUGAUGAGCUGAGAAAGUUGUGGAUUGAGGGAAUAGAACACAAACAUGUGUUGAACCUAUUGGAUGAAAUUGAGAACAUCAAGCAAGUGCCCCAGAAACUGGAACAGUGUAUGGCUAGUAAACACUACUUGAAUGCCACAGACAUGCUGGUGUCUGCUGUGGACUCACUGGAAGGACCUUUACUCCAGGUGGAAGGUCUCAGUGACCUACGUCUUGAACUUCACAGUAAGAAGAUGAACAUGCACUCAGUACUGAUUGAUGAGCUACAUCGUCACCUGUACAUCAAAUCCACCAGUCGUGUGGGCCAGUGGAACCAGGAUAAGAAUAGAAGCGGAUCCCUUGUAAAAGAUUCUCCACUUCCUCUUCUUGAUGUCACAAAUUUGUCCACUCCACGCAAGUUCCUAGAUAAUUCUCAGUUUGGCACUCCAGGCUGUUCCACUGUAAAGGACCUUAACCUUCAAGACAUCAAAGAAGAUCCUGAUUCUGACCCUGAGGAGAACAGCAUAGUAUUUAUGGGAGUUCUUAUUAAAGGCCUUGCAAAGCUGAAGAAGAUCCCAGAGACUGUGAAAGCCAUAAAGGAGCGCCUAGAACUUGAGCUAAAACAGAUUGUAAAACGUUCUACCACUCAGGUGGCAGACAAUGGCUAUCAGCGAGGAGAGACUGUAACUCAGGAAAAUCAGCCACGGCUUCUUCUGGAGCUUCUGGAGCUUCUGUUUGAUAAGUUUAAUGCAGUAGCCUCUGCUCAUUCUGUAGUUCUGGGAUACCUGCAGGACACUGUGGCUUCUCCCACAAGUCAAGAUGGGGACAUUAAACUGUAUGAUAUGGCCGAUGUGUGGGUAAAGAUUCAAAACGUUAUCCAGAUGCUUCUGACAGAGUAUUUGGAUAUGAAGAACACCAAGACUUCUUCUGAACCAUCUGCCCAGUUAAGCUAUGCUAGUAGUGGACGGGAGUUUUCAGCUUUCUUUGCAAAGAAGAAGCCUCAAAGGCCUAAACACUCUCUUUUUAAGUUUGAAUCCUCCUCGCAUGCAAUAAGUAUGAGUGCCUAUUUACGUGAACAAAGAAGAGAACUUUACAGCAAAAGUGGGGAACUUCAAGGUGGUCAUGAUGAUCUCAUCGGUGGAGCAUCAAGGUUUGUCUGCAAACCAGGAGCCAGGAACAUCACUAUCAUAUUCCACCCUUUACUCAAGUUUAUUCAAGAGAUUGAGCAUGCCAUUGGUUUUGGACCAACCAAGCAAUGCCCCUUACGAGAGUUCCUUACUAUGUACAUCAAGAACAUCUUCCUAAAUCAGGUGUUAGCGGAGAUCAACAAAGAAAUUGAAGGCGUUACUAAGGUGUCAGAUCCCUUGAAGCUUUUGGCUAGUGCUGAUACUAUGAAAAUUUUGGGUGUCCAGCGGCCUCUGUUACAGAGUACCGUCAUUGUGGAGAAGAGUAUUCAGGACCUGAUGAAUUUAAUGCGAGACUUAAGUGCUUACUCAGAUCAGUUUCUGAAUAUGGUGUGUGUAAAACUCCAAGAGUAUAAGGACACCUGCAGUGUUGCAUUCAGGAGUAUUGUUCAAUCUGAUGAAAAAUUGGUGAUCAGUGCUUCCUGGGCCAAGGAUGAUGACAUUACACGGCUUUUAAAGUCACUUCCCAACUGGUUGAAUAUGACUCAGCCUAAGCAGUUGAGACCGAAAAGAGAUGAUGAGGAAGAUUUUAUACGGGCUGCAUUUGCUAAAGAGUCAGAAGUCCUUAUUGGAAACCUUGGAGACAAACUAAUUCCACAGAAUGAGAUUAUGACUGAUGUCAGUGACUUGAAAGCCCUUGCCAAUCUGCAUGAGAGUCUAGAGUGGCUUGCAGGAAGACUGAAAUGUGCAAUUUCAAAUCUACCAAGUGCACAAACAAUGUCUCCUGGGGCGGACAGCCUCAGCAGUGUGGACAUUCCUGCUGUGUCUGAGAUAAUUGUACAGACUCUCAAUGAGCUGGCUAAUUCCUUCCAGGACAUGUCAGACCGCUGUUUGCUUGUUUUGCAUUUGGAAGUCAGAGUUCAUUGCUUCCAUUAUCUCAUUCCUUUGGCCAAGCAAGGAAACUAUGCUAUUGUAGCUAAUGUGGAAAGCAUGAAUUAUGACCCACUUAUUGUGCGACUGAACAAGGAUAUAAGUGGGAUAGAAGAGGCAAUGGGUGCCAGUCUCCAGCAGCACAAGUUCCAGUACAUCUUUGAAGGUUUGGGCCAUUUAAUUUCCUGCAUCCUAAUAAAUGGGGCUCAGUAUUUCAAACGCAUUAGUGAAUCAGGGAUCAAGAAGAUGUGUCGAAAUAUAUUUGUCCUCCAGCAAAACCUUACCAAUAUCACUAUGUCCCGUGAAGCUGACCUAGAUUUUGCAAGGCAAUACUAUGAAAUGAUGUACAACACUGCCGAUGAGCUGUUAAAUUUAGUAGUGGAUCAAGGUGUGAAAUACACAGAGCUGGAAUACAUCAAUGCCCUCAGUCUCCUUCAUCGCAGUCAGACAGGUGUAGGUGACCAGACUACCCAGAACAUGAGGCUUCAACGACUCAAAGAGAUCAUCUGUGAGCAGGCUGCCAUCAAACAGGCCACCAAAGACAAGAAGAUAACAACUGUGUGAACAGAAGCAGACGUAGCAAGGUUUAGCUUACACACUAUCAUGUCAUAGAACUCUUCAUUUAAUAGAUAUUAUUAUAAACUAGCCACAACAGAAUCUGAUUGCCAUUGUAUUAAAUAUUGUCAUUUGCUAAUGUUCCUGAAUCUGCAUGUUUUGUAUUUUAAUCUGAUAUUGUCUGUUUUUUUAUUUUUAUUUUUGAGUAACAGUGUACUAUGCACAGAACCAAUAUAUACAUUCUGCCAAUAUUAUGUACGUGUUCUU